AUUGUGGUUGUCUAUAAAAGAGUAGCCGUAAAAAUGAAAUGGAUUAAAGGAAGACAUAGCGACACAAUAAACACACAAAGCCAAUAUACAAACAUCAGACGGCUAGAAGGAAUAAGAGGGACCAAACCACAACUGUUUGAUAUUGGAUAAUUUUCAUUAUGAAUUUGUUAAUUUUUAUUACAUUGUUCUUAUCGAUUGUGCAUGUACACGGACAGGAAACUACAACGAUCGACAGAGAAAGACAAGCUUACAUAUGUGCCAAUUCAGUACUGGACUUAGUGUUUGUCCUUGAUUCAUCUGCGAGCAUCUGGGAACCAGACUUCUAUAGACAAAUCAAGUUCGUAGAAAACAUAGUGAAACAAUUUGAAAUAGGACCUGCCUACACACAAGUUGGGGCUGUCACAUACGGUCAAACAUAUUGGCACAAAUUUCAUCUAAACAGAUUUAACCAAAAGAAACCCCUUCUGCAAGCCAUCAAACGUAUUCGAUACAGACCUGGGUCUUACACAAACACUGGGGAUGCUAUAAAAUAUAUGAACGAGGAUAUGUUUACAGAAAACCAUGGAGACAGAUUUUUGAGUAGAAACAUAGCUGUAGUUAUCACCGAUGGACGUUCCCAGGAGAAAAAUAAGACAAGGGAAAUGGCAUUGGCCGCACAAAGAAGGGGAAUCAAAAUGUUUGCUAUUGGAGUUGGAAAUAAAGUUUCUCAAAGAGAACUUCAGAAUAUAGCUAGUGACCCAGACUGGGAACAUGUAUUUGAAGUCGAUAAUUACAAAGCACUCGAUUCUAUCAAAGAUACACUCACAUCAAGAACAUGUUAUGAACUAACAACUGUUGGACCACCUGCAACAACGCCAACACCCGCACCUCCAGUUAACGUAUGGGAUGAAAAUAAUAGAAGAAUUAUACACACAACUCGGUGGAACCGUACUACUAUUACUAAAUGGACAGAAGAGGACAAACUAUUGAGGCGUUUGGAGGAGGAGAGACAAUUAAGAGAACAAGAGGAACAAAGGCGAUUAAGAGAUCUCGACGAGCAAAGAAGAUUAAAAGAAAUUGAAGACGAACAAAGAAGAUUACAAAAUUUGGAAGAUGAACAAAGAAGAUUAAGAGAGUUUAACGCAGAACAACAGAGACUUCGUGAUCUUGCCGAACAAAAUAGACUAAGAACAUUAGAUGCAGAACAACAAAGACUUCGUGAUCUUGCCGAACAAAAUAGAAUAAGAGCAUUAGAAGCUGAACAACAGAGGCUUCGUGAUAUUGCCGAACAAAAUAGACUAAGAGCAUUAGAGGCAGAACAACAAAGACUAAGAGAUCUUGACGAACAAAAUAGAUUAAGAGCAUCAGAAGCAGAAAAACAAAGACUUCGAGAUCUUGAAGACGAACACCGAAGACUUAUGUUAUUAGGAGAAGAUCAAAGACGACAGAACGAAUUAGAAAAUCAGCGUUUACGAGAACAAGAACAAGAACGUAACCGAUUAGAGGCAGAAAAAAGGAGACUGUUGGAUUUAGAAGCAGAUCGUGAGCGCCGGCAAGAAGAAGCAGAUCGUAUACGUAGAGAACAGGAAGCAGAAAGACUUCGUCGAGAACGAGAAGCAGAUCGCAUACGAAGAGAACAGGAAGCAGAACGAAGACGUAAAUUUUUGGAGGAUGAAAUGAGACGAAGACAACUUCCAUUUGGUAAUGCCAAUCGUUGGGGAGUAAACGGAUUAGGUUUAUUCAAUAACGGGAGAAGAAAUGGCAAUAUGGAGCUUACCAGCAGGGAUAAACCUGAUAUGACGUUUGUUGUACCUGAAUCUGCUAAUGGUGUAGACUACAAAAAACUGUUUGGUCGUUGCAAUGACAAGCCUGCCGAUAUCUACUUUGUUAUGGAUUCUUCUUCGAGCAUAGGUCGACAAAAUUAUGAGAAGCAAAAAAAUUUCCUAGUUAAUCUUGUUAGGAAAUUUGACAUUGGUUCUGAUAAAACCAGAGUAGGAGUUAUCCCCUUUAGCAACGAUUACCGGGUUGCCGUACCAUUGGGAUUGAUCAAUGACAUUGGCGGAUUGUCAAAAGCUAUACAUAACAUCCCAUACACUAGAGGAGGAACACACACAGCAGCAGCCCUAAAGUACGUAAAGAAUUUCGGUUUCGCAUCUGGUACCUCUCGACAAAAUGCUGCCCAGAUUGUUAUAGUACUUACAGAUGGUUAUUCCCGAGACCCUGAAUCAACUAAACAUGAGGCAAAAAAACUUCAUGAUGCUGGAAUAAACACCUUUGUCAUUGGAAUCGGAGACGGUAUUGACAUGGAAGAACUCCGAAGCAUUGCCAGUGAUCCUAAUGACAAACAUCUAUUCCUGGUUGACGACUUUAAUGCACUAGACUCUAUCAAAGAUCUGCUAGUAUCUAGAGCCUGUGACAUUCCAGCCAAUAGCAUUGUUGUUUGCCAAACAGCUGGACCAAUGGACAUUGUAUUCAUGUACGACACCUUGAACUUAGGAAGUGAAAGAACUGACAGUAUUGCAAAUUUUAUUUUUAAAGUGGUCGAUGUUUUCGACCAACAAGCAUUUAAUAAUAUUAUGGUACGUCGUUAUAUUGACUUUUGUCCUAUCGACACACAAACAUCACUGAUGUUACCUCGAGAUUUCCUUAGUCUAAGAAAAGAAGUUCGUCCGGGAAUGUAUGACAUAUUGAAAAAGUUUAUGACAGGAGUUCAAAACAAAGAAUAUAACAAUGCAAGACCUGUAGGAAUUACAUUCAUUGAUAGCAAAUUAGAUGAUGUUGAAACGAUUUUACCGUAUAUCAAAUCUAUCUCAGACACAAAUAUAUUUGCAGUGGUUAUCGGUCCUGAACCAAAAUUUAACACUUCCGAUAUGCGCAAUGUGUUGCUUGUACCAUCAUACGAGGCUCUUGAUGAGUUGGUUAGACUUUUCUUGCGUCACUUUUGCACAACAUUGUCUGACGUUAAUCUGAAUACUGUACCAGCAUUGUUGUAAAAAAAAAUACAUAUUUACUCCUAUUUAAAAACAAUUGUGAUUUCCCAUUUUGUUUUGAAAGUGGUGUAUUGUCACAUUUGAAGUACACUUGAAACAAUUGAUCAUUAUUGGUCAAAGCACAAAAUUGUUCCCUUUCCCAUGUUUCUUCAAUUUUCAAUGUGUUUGUAAAUAUGUAACGAAGAAUUAUUUUAUUUUGUUUAUAUGAUAAUUUUGAUUAGAUUUACCAGUUAUUUAUGCAACCUGUGAUUCAUAAUAAUUCCAUGGUAAACAUUAUGAAAUUAUCAAUUUUUAUAUAUUUUUAUAUGUGAUAUAUUUUUUAUAUUGUGAAUAAAGUUAUUUUUAAUAAA